UACAAGGGGAAGAAAAGAUGUUGAUCUAUGAAUACAUGCCUAACAAAAGCCUGGAUACAUACAUAUUUGAUCAAACAAAGAGCAAAUUACUUGACUGGCCAAAGCGUUUCGACAUCAUAAAUGGAAUUGCUCGUGGCUUAUUGUAUCUCCAUCAAGAUUCUCGACUACGAAUUAUCCAUAGAGACCUCAAAGCAAGCAAUGUUUUGCUAGAUAUAGAAAUGAAUCCAAAGAUAUCAGACUUUGGCUUGGCUAGAAGUGUUGCAGGGAAUGAGAUGGGAGCAAACACAAGCCAUGUGGUUGGGACACAUGGCUACAUGUCCCCUGAAUAUGCAGUAGAUGGGAUCUUCUCAGUAAAAUCUGAUGUGUUUAGCUUUGGCGUCUUGGUGUUAGAAAUUGUGAGUUGCAAGAAAAAUAGAGGAUUUGUCCAUCAAGAUCACAACCUUAACCUUCUCGGUCAUGCAUGGAAGCUUUACAAAGAAGAUAGGUCCUUGGAACUAAUUGAUGAGGAGCUAGCUGAUUCUUGCCAUAUAUCUCAAGUUUUAAGGUCAAUCCAAGUAGGUCUUUUAUGUGUGCAACAACGUCCAGAAGACAGGCCAAACAUGUCUUCUGUGGUUCUGAUGUUGGGUAAUGAGAGUCCUCUGCCAGAAGCUAAAGAACCAGGGUAUUUCACAGAAAGAAACAUAUUUGAUGAAGCAAAAUCAGGAUCGCAGACAGCCAGUUCAAAAAAUGAAGUCACAAUCACAUUGUUAUAUCCUCGAUAGAGUGCGAAUGAGUUAACUAUUCUGA